GUCAAACUAGGCUUCACCCGUUUUCUUUCCUCCGCCCCGAAACGAAACCCUUCACUGAAUCUCCGCCUGCUUCCGGCUCGGUUUUCUGGCUGCUUCGCCGCCGAUUCAGGCAUCUCUACGGGGUCGUGGGUUUGAGUGACGAAGCGACCGCGAUCGACCGAAAAUCGAUUUGCUCCGGCGAAGCGCUGCGCUUAGGGGAUGAAGCGAAAAGCACUAAUGGAUUGACGUGAACGAUCAAGUUAGGGUUGAAGUGCUUUUGAAGGGAAUUCGGGUUAGCUCGGUCUGCAAAGUGGAAGUAGCGAAGCUCGAUUUUCUUAUCCAAGCACACAGCCAUUGUUGACUCGUUCUUUUUCUCCCAGAUUGACUUCUAAUCAGCGCUAAAGCUUGAGUAUGGAAUCAGCAGUUAAGAAAUAUCAGCAAAGAUUCAGAAAAGUGAAGGAUGAGAUUGAUAGGUGGGAGGAGCUUCAUACUAGAUUGCUUUCCCAAUUUGCUAAUGCUUCCUCCAUCAUCCAGAGAUUGCAGGUGAUUCAAGGUUCAAAAAAUUAUGGUGCUUUGAAAUGUAUUCAAGGUAUUGAAGAUGCUGUAUUGGCAAAACAGUUGAAUUCUCUGCAAAGUAUUCUGCUUUCUAUGAAUAAGACUUUGGAAGGAUUUCAUUCCAUUGUUUUAUCAUUUGAGAAGAUUGUUCGUGAUAGUAGACAGCAAGUAAAAGGCGGGUCAGCUCAACCAAAUGUGAAACAGUUGCAGCAACGAAUUGGCAUCAAACCAAGUCUUGCAGAUUGCUUAGAUGGGCUUACUAUUCUUAGUGAGAUGCACCAAUCAGAGUACCGUCUUAAAUUGUCUCUGGUAUCAGCAACUUCAACACUUGCCUUGAAACCUAGUGUUACUGAUGAUUUAAGUGUCAUCCAGCAGCUUUUGAUAGAUCAGCCUAACAUCCCUAAAGAGGAAGUGCAAUUUAUAUUUGAUGUCAUUUUUGCUGAAGACAUCUGUUGAUGCUCACAACUUGAGAGGGUGGUAAAAAUCUUGAAACUAGCACCAAGUGAAUGACCUUGCAAGAAGUGAUCGGGGAUUACAAUGUGAACACCCUUUGGGAGAUUUAUGGAGACUCAGUUGUAGAUCAAGCAGAGAACUUUAACAUGGCUACCAACAAAAAGUAAUGGGAAAUAUAUAUCGACCUUGAGAAUUGCAGAUCACCUUUCUGGCAUAUUUAGAGUUCAGCAUAUACUUACCUAUCCUAUUCCCCUUAUUUGUAGGAUGUGAUGUGAUUUUCUGUGGCAGGCCACAAAUUACAUUUGACUGGUAUGAUCUAAAAAAUAUUUUAUUUGUAUAAUACACUAUUAACAUCUAAUUAUGAAUUGCAUAUACAAUAUGAUUAUCAAGUUGUGGUGUUGUUGCA